AUGAGAACUUGGUUUGGUCGCGGCAAAAAGCUGCAGCUCGCAGUCACAUCUUGUUGUCUGUGUGCCUUCAUCCUGUAUGGAUACGACCAGGGUGUUUUUGGUGGAAUCCUUGAAAAUGAGGAUUGGCUUGAACAAUUCGGCCGUCCUGGCGACACCCUGACGGGAUUCAUCACCUCAAGCUACAAUCUCGGCUGCUUGGUUGGUUGUUUUGCUAACUUUGUCGUGGGAGAAAAGCUCGGCCGUCGCCGAACGAUCUGGCUUGCCAUGGUAUGGAUCCUCAUCGGUGCCGCAUUGCAGGCCACGGCGUUCAACCGUGGCCAUCUGAUUGCCGGGCGGAUCAUCACCGGUGUCGGUACUGGACUUAAGACAUCUACGGUCCCCAUGUAUCAGUCCGAGUUGUGCGAAGGCAAGAAACGGGGCCGUCUGGUCUCUGCAGAGGUGAUGUUCGUUGGCAUUGGAAUUGCGUUUGCAUACUGGUGGGACUUCGCGUUCAGCUACGUUGGUGGCCCGUUUGCAUGGCGGUGGCCCCUUGCCUUCCAGGCCGUAUUUGCUAUUUUUGUCAUCUUUGUCGUGUUUGGAAUUCCCGAAUCACCGCGAUGGCUUCUCAACCAUGGUGACAGAGACGAGGCUAUCUUGGUUCUCUCUGCCAUUUACGAUAAGCCGGUCGAUCACCCCGACAUUGUCCGUGAAGUGAAUGCCAUUGAAGUCGCUCUUAAGAACGAGACUGAGGUAGAAGGGAGCACUAAUUGGGCCUCAACGUUUAGAAACGAUGAGGUUAGCACGGGCUAUCGAGUAUUUUUGGCAUGGUUUGUCCAAUUUAUGAACCAAGUUGGAGGUAUCAACAUGGUUGUCUACUACAUUAUGACCGUUUUGCAAAAGAAUGUCGGGUUGGAGCAUAAGCUCGCUCAAAUCAUCGCCGGGUGCAUCCAAAUCAUGUUUCCCCUGGGCUCUCUCCUCCCGUCCUUGGCACUGGAUCGCAUGGGCCGCCGCACAACCAUGAUUUGGGGAUCUGCAGGUCUCUGCGUAUCGAUGCUCAUGGUAUCGGCACUCCUGUCCCAGGCGGACGGAACUCCGCGCGGAAAAUCAUUCGCUUCUGCCGCGGUUGCAUUCUUCUUCACAUAUAUGCUCACCUUCGGUGCCAGUAUGAACUGCGUGCCGUGGGUGUAUGUACCUGAGAUUUUACCUCUACAUGCGAGGACAAGGGGUACAGCCAUCGGUGUGAGCUCCAACUGGCUAUGGAACUUCACGGUGGUCAUGAUCACACCAAUUAUCAUCAACCGUCUUCAAUGGAAAGCCUACCUGAUCUUCACUAUCACCAAUUUCAUCUUCAUUCCUAUCAUCUACUUCCUCUACCCCGAGACGUCGAACUUGGAAUUGGAAGAGGUGGACUACAUCUUUUCGCGAGAAGGCAACGCAGUCAAAGUGGCGCGAGAGAUGCAGAAAGAGCUCGCUACCCAUGGAAAGCUCGAUGUGGAAGGCCGACUUGACCUUGGCGGAGUAACACCAAAGUCUGGGUCUACCAGCCAUGAAGAGAAGCGCAGUGGCCAAGUGGAGCAUACGGAAUCUUAG